AUGAUGGUACUUCAACUUUUUAUAGCAGCUCUUGCUGUGACGCAUGCCCUCGCUAGCCCCUUGAGCGGCCGGCCUUGUGGAAACGACUCCACCGCAAAGCAGGGUCAUCGGAAUCUCUUAUACGUAACGAAUUGGGGGAUUUAUGGUGCGGGCUACCACCCCGAUAGCCUUCCUGUAGAAGACAUUACGCAUGUGCUAUACGCUUUCGCAGAUAUAACAUCGAACGGAACAGUCGUCUCAUCAGAUCCAUGGGCCGACACCGGAAAGCCUUUUGGCAACGAAAGCACCACAGAGCCUGGCCAUAACGCUGACGGCCUGGUUAAACAGCUCUACCUAAAGAAAAUGGCCAACCGCAACAUGAAAGUCAUACUAUCCAUAGGCGGCUACAACUGGUCACCCAAAUUCGAACCCGUCGCUGCCGACAAAUUUCGCCGCGCAACCUUUGUUUCCUCCGCCAUCAAUCUCAUGGCAGACUUUGGGAUGGAUGGCAUCGACAUCGACUACGAGUACCCAAACACUACUGAAAAGAAUCAAAAUUGCGUAAAGCUCCUGUCCGAACUUCGCACAGGCUUGGACGACUUUUCGAAGAGCAAUGCAGGCGGAUAUCACUUCACUCUAGGCUUUCCUGCACCAGCAGGUCCUCAAAACUACAAAGCAUUUGACUUCCAAGAGAUGGACAAGUCUCUCGACUUCUGGUCACUCAUGGCAUUUGAUUUUACCGGUGCCUGGGAGAACGUCACAGGCCACCAGUCCAAUGUCUUCCGCAGCAAGCGAAACCCGCAAAGCACCAGGGCGAGCGUCGAGAGGGCCUUCGAGGACUACGUUGAAGAAGGAGGGAUCUCUCCUGCCAAGAUCAACUUAGGUAUGCCCCUCUACGGUCGCGCCUUCGGCAACACCAAGGGUUUGGGGAAAUCGUACAGCGGACUACCGAAUGGUACGCUCGGCCAAGCUGGAAUCUACCUCUACAAAGACCUCCCUAGGCCCGGUGCGACGGUCCAUUGGGACAGUGCAGUCAAGGCCACGUACUCAUACAACAACGCGACGCGAGAGCUGGUGACAUUUGACAAUAUAAGAAGCGCAAAGUACAAGCAGGCUUAUAUCAAGAAAAAGAAACUAGGUGGUGCUAUGUUCUGGGAGGCUACGGGCGAUAAGGCGGGUGACGAGAGUCUGGUUCGCAGUAUGGCGAAGGGGAUGGGCAAACUUGAGAAGUCGCAGAACUUGCUGUGGUACCCGACUUCUCAGUAUGACAACAUUCGCAAUGGGAUGAAGACAAAGUUUAUUGUGCCUCCAAGCAAGAGAUCAUAA